UAUCAUUACUGAACCAAGCGUUCGGAAGACUACAAAUCCAGUACUAGAGAUGGCAGAAACCGCCCCAGCCGCAGCCGCCCCGCCGGCCAAAGCGCCUAAGAAGAAGUCCGCCGCUAAAGCCAAGAAAGCAGGUCCAUCUGUCGGUGAUCUGAUCGUUAAAGCCGUGUCCGCAUCCAAGGAGAGGAGCGGCGUGUCUCUCGCUGCUCUGAAGAAAGCUCUCGCCGCCGGCGGCUACGACGUGGAGAAGAAAAACUCCCGCAUCAAGCUCGCCAUCAAGAGCCUGGUGACUAAAGGCAUCCUGCUGCAGGUCAAAGGAACCGGCGCCUCUGGAUCCUUCAAGAUCAGCAAGAAGGAGACCGAGACCAAGAAGAAGCCGGCGAAGAAAGCGGCUCCUAAAGCCAAGAAGCCCGCGGCCAAGAAACCCGCUGCUGCCAAGAAGCCCAAGAGCGCAGCGGCAAAGAAGCCCGCCGCUAAGAAAUCCCCCAAGAAGGCCAAGAAACCCGCUGCCGCCGCCAAGAAGGCCACGAAGAGCCCCAAGAAGGCGAAGAAGCCCGUGGCGCCCAAGAAAGCAGCCAAGAGCCCCAAAAAGACCAAGGCCGCCAAACCCAAGACAGCGAAGCCUAAAGCUGCCAAGCCUAAAAAGGCAGCUCCCAAGAAGAAGUAAAAACUUGCUGUUCUAUUCCCCAACGGCUCUUUUCAGAGCCACCCACAAACUCGAAAGAAAGAGCAGUUUACUUUAUGGAAGUAAAGUUAGUAUAAGACAUGUAAGUAUACUGUAUGACCAUUGUAUUUUAAAAACUAUACAAUUAAUAAAACGACAGACACAACAUGACAGUAAUCCAUCACCAACACAACAAAUAACUGAGCACUAAAUAGGACAUUUAUAAGAUCUUAUGACCACGGGUGUGUGACCAGUUUUUCUGCUUGCUUAUGUUUGCUGAAAUCAAUGGUCAACUGUAGUCUUAUCCACACUGAAAAAAAAAAGUAUCACACCACGGAACAAAAAGACCAACCUCUCUUGUGUUGUCCAAAUCAUUAUUUUGUUUGAUUAGAAAAUGUUUGUAGACAGCAAGAUUACUCAGUAUACCUAACAUUAGAAGAAUACAGUGCGAAUAAAAUAGUUAAUUAACAAGAUAAAUUAGAUGUAUCUGAGCUUACCGCGAUUUACAAUGUUGU